AUGACCCAGAUGCCUUCAAGGGCGUCUGACAGAUCUUCUGGUUCUCCAGGCGAGGGUACAUGCAAGGCAAAGUCACCGCCGUGCUCAACAUUCGGUAGCACGCUCCUGCGCGACUAUCAGUUGUACCUCGAUCCACUGAACACCGAUGAUAGGAGACACGUAAGCCAAGAGGACAUCACGGAACCAUUGAGCAGUCUGUCAAACGCCUCUACACAUAUCGGUGAUUCUCCGCUCGAUCUUGCAGUACCUAUGGGUACAUCCCCUUCACAUCCCCUUCACGCUUCGUGGGCCUCCAUGAAUCAACGUAAAGGGACCUUUCCUCCAGGGCUUACGCCAAACCAGACAAUGCUCAAAGCUCUGGCUUCAAGAACGUCAAAGGAUCCAUCCGCCCACAAUGACAGUGCUGUCCAGCAGAACCUUGCUGCUUCCAUGUCAGGUCUGGGAAGUAAUCCAAGAGCGUCCUUCGGAACUCGGUUUGCACAGUCGCCAUGUUUCUUCCACCAACGGUUCGACGAUGCCGUCAACAUUGAGCGAGUACUGGAGGAGAUAUCUGCAGAAGACGAUGGCAUGUCCCACUCACGCCUCAUGCAAACAGCGACCAGUGUCCGAGAGAUAUCGAAACAGCUCCAGCGCCGACCCAUCAAGCGUGCUGUCCGAACCAUCAUGAUCAUUACAAAAGCCAGAGACAACAAGCUGGUAUACCUCACUCGCGAGCUCACCGAAUUCCUUCUCAAAACACCCCGCUACAACUCAGACCUCGGCGUCACUGUCUACGUUGAUGCCAAACUCCGCACCUCCACCCGCUUUGAUGCUGCAGGCCUUCUGGCCUCCAAUCCUCGGUAUUCAGAUAUGCUCCGCUACUGGACGCCCGACGUAUGCUGGGAUUUUCCCGAAAAAUUCGACCUAGUCCUCACGCUCGGCGGAGACGGCACAGUGCUGUUCACCUCCCGGUUGUUCCAGCGAAUAGUUCCGCCAAUCCUCUCUUUUGCCCUCGGCUCCCUCGGUUUCCUUACGAAUUUUCCUUUCGACACCUACAGAUCUACCCUGGACCGGAUCAUGGAAGGCUCCGGCAUGAGAGUUAACAUGCGCAUGCGCUUCACCUGUACUGUCUAUCGCGCAGCAAACAACAAGCGCCGUCCUAGCACAUCCAGCCUUCCCAAGAUGGCUACACCAGAGUUGAUAGAAGAUUCCCAAUCCGAAGUCCUAAACGAAUUGGUGAUCGAUCGCGGCCCCUCGCCCUACGUCUCAAAUCUCGAACUCUACGGCGAUACCCACCUCCUCACCAUCAUCCAAGCCGACGGUUGUAUCAUAAGCACCCCGACAGGCAGUACAGCAUACUCUCUAUCGGCAGGCGGACCUCUUACUCAUCCUUCAAUACCCGGUAUCCUCUUGACGCCCAUUUGCCCCCACACCCUCUCAUUUAGACCUAUGGUUCUCUCGGAUACGCUAUGCCUACGCAUCUGUGUACCCAAGGGCAGCAGGUCCACAGCAUACGCCUCUUUCGACGGCAAAGGACGCGUAGAACUCCGCCGAGGCGACGAAGUGCGCGUGGAGGCUGGACGGUAUCCCUUUCCCACCGUCGUAGGCGAGGGUGGAACAGGCGGUGAAUGGUUCGAAAGUGUGCGCCGAGCUUUGCGCUGGAAUACGCGAGGAGCUGUACAGCGCUCUUUCGGGGGCAAAGAGCCGGACGUUCGUAGAAGGGGUGGAGGGAGGUUGGCUGAUGAUAUCGUCGAUGAGGAGGAAGGAGAGGAAGAUGGAACCGACGAGGAGGAUGAGGAGGAAGAGAAAGAAGAAGAGUGGGAUAUCGAUGCCGACCCAAUCGAGAGUCUGAGCGCAACUGGAACUUUGGAUAGUGGACUAGGGGCUAGUGAGGAGGGGAGUGGUUGUGCUAGUCCGUCGGGGCUGAUGGGGAGGAGGAAAGAUGGUGAGACUGUAGAUUGA